AACUAUAUCCCGCAAAUUGACGCCAUUACAGGGUUGGACCAACCAUUCACUCCUAUCUUUGUUGUUGAAGUUGCAGGUAGAUCAGAUUUCGAAGCGUUAGACAAAAAAUCCAAAAGUGAAUACUUCACGAUGGGGUCAUCUGUGCAAUUGGGAUGUGUUGAUGGUGAUGUUUUGCCAGGUUCCACACUGAAGAUGUGGAAAAUUGAAGAUGCUAUAUCAUAA